GUGGGUACAGUUCAAAAGUCGUCCGGUAGGAAACGGUCGACUAAACAGUUCAGAUAAAUAACAAGUUUAUCGUUUUAACACGACUUUAAAAUCAUCUGCAGUGUUUCAGAUUUAAUUAUGUGCUAAAACUAUACCGACACUGUAAUAAAACAUAAAUAAGAGAAAGUAGUUUCCUCUCUUUUAGCUUUAUUAUCUUUGGACGUUUUAACAUGGCGGUGUCCUUGAGCAGCGUGAGGCUGCUGCAGAGCGCUUUAACCAGGUCCGGCUCAUUGUGCCGAUCCCUCCACGUCACUGCAGUGUGCUGCAAGAAUAAAGCAGCUCGUCCUCGAGUGGGGAAAGGAGACACUCCUUUGACCUACGAGGAAGCACUUCCACCUCAUUACAUUGCUCACCGCAAAGGAUGGCUGUCGCAGCACACCAGUAACCUCAAAGGGGAGGAGGGAGCAGCCGAACGGACCAUAGAGGACGUGUUCAUAAGGCGCUUCGUGUUCGGGACCUUCCACAGCUGCCUGGCCAACGAGAUCGUGAUCAAACGGCGCGGCAACAUGAUCGUAGUGUGUGCUUUAUUAAUACAGAAACUACCGCAGCAAAAGUUUUACUUCUUAAUCGGCUAUACGGAGACGAUGCUGUCGCACUUCUACAAAUGCCCCUUCAAGCUCGUUGUCCAGACCCUGGAUUAUAAAGUGGUGUACAAGUACCUGUGAAGCCAGUUAGAUUUCCCUUUCUGUCUCCAUUCCUGCUCACAGAGAUGCUGUUUUCUGCUUUCAGUUACCCCCAAAAUGGACAUUUAUUAAGAAAUGAAUCCUCAAAAUGAAAGGAGAUCAUAUGUGUGUCAUUGUAAAAUUAGGCCUGAAAUUGUUUAAUAAAUACAGUAAGAACACUGUUUAA